UAGCAGGCUUUUUUGUAAAUUGUUAGGCACAUGAAAAAUCGGUUGGAAUGCAGAUAAAUCGGUAUUUCUGGUCACUCUGACUGUGGAAGUGGCGCCGCGCGUAUUGACAGUGCGUGUCAAAAUAAGAGCCAAUGCCGGGUGCGAAUAACCGCCAGUUUUUGUUUCUACACCGAUGAGGCAGCAGCACUGUGCUUGGCUGGAGAAGGGAAGCCGCGAAUACACGCGAAUUCGCUACACGCAUACUGCGAUUUUAUCCGCCCUGCUGCGUGCAAUCAUCGCCGAACCGCAAGCGUGAGUGUGCCUCCGUGGGUCGGAGAAGUACCAGGAUGGCCACCGCGGUUAAUCCUGCCACGUUGGAUAAACUGCUGCAUCCGAUACAGGAAAUACGCGUCCGGUCCCUGCACGACAUCGAGAACACGCUGAAGCGCGCACUGUGGGACGAUGCGGACAUUGGGGCGGUGGCGUCGCCACUGUUCAAGAAUUUGAUACGCUGGUUCGGGCAUGUGCCGAUCAUCAAGCAAGUGACCGUGCUGGAGCUGAUGUCACUGCUGCUGGAGAGCAAGUAUGGGAAAGAUAUUUUAAGCUUCUUCACGCCGAUGCGCAUCGUCAAGGAGCUGAUGAAGAUCCGCUGCCUGAUCGGGUCGAACCUGGAGUAUGACGAGCUGGUGGUGAAAAUUAUCAAGCAGGUGGAGCGGCUCAAAUCGACGCCCUCGGCGUCCGCCACAUCGUCCUCCAGCAUCGAUCUGCUGGAGAGUGUCGCUAGCAGCAUGGCCAGCCUGAAGCUGGACCGGAUCGACCCGCUAGCGAAUGGCAGUGCCGGGGACGGCGAAUCGAUGGAGGAGGAGGAGGCCACCGGAACCGAGGGCGGCCGGAAGCGCAAGCGACGCACGGUGAUCGAUGCGUACGCGGCACGCUGGAAGGGCGACCCGUCGCUCUACGCCGAAUGCUGGGAGGUGCCGGAACCGUCCGUGGAGAGUGUGCUGGACCGGCUGAACGAAUCGCUGUUCGAGGGCGAACCGGGCGACGAGAACUUCCAGCGCGCUCUCAACUACGCCAUCCCGUACAUGCGCAGCUACCCGCCGGAGUUCUUCCUGCAGCCGCCGUACAUCGGGCUGUCUCUGCUGCACCUCAUACAGAGCGGACGGCUCGGUGCCCGCAAGGGGUACGGCAUGAUGCUCGCGCUGCUCAUCUCGUUCCGCAAGCGGAUGCGCCAGCGGAUGCUGACGGUUACGUACAUCAAGCCGGCGGACGGUGAGACCGAUGGUCGCCGCCCCACGCACGGCCGCCGCCGGCCGCAGAUCUCCAUCGGUGCGUUCGUGUACGAGCUGUUCCAGCUGUGCAUCGAGCAGCUGAAAGGACUGUCGGGCGAUGGGGACCGGCUCGCCACCAACAUGAUGCUGAUCGUGCUCAGCCAGACGACCUCGUUCCUAAUGACGGAACACUUUUGCGACCAGCAGAAGAUACCGGCCCACCGGUUCGGCGAGCUGUGCGGCGAGCUCGGCCGGCUGGUGCGCCACUACCGGCAGGAGUGGGAAGUGGACGGGAAGCGAACGUUCGCCCGCACCCGCUACCGGAUAGCGCUGCAAAUCAUGGCCGACUUUGUGCGGCUGUGGCAGAAGGAGCCGGACGCGGUCGACGGCGGGGCGGACGAGACGAUGGCCGGUGGACGCACCGGCACGAUCCAGUACAAGUUCGUCGACAUGAAGGUCAGCUCGACGGCGCACCGGCAGGCGCUGGAGCGGUCGGACGGGGUGUGGCGCGAGGAGUGCCAGCUCGCCCUGUACGACUAUCCGCUCGGCAUUGCCUGCCCGGAGCUGUACGAGCAUCUGGGGGCGCACGUGGAGAAGAAGAACGAGCUGAUGCUGGUGACGCUGACGCGGCUGCGGGAGAAGCUGGUGCCGGCGGUCCAGCUGCUGCAGGACGGCUCCGGAUCGGGGAAGAACUGCACCGAGCGGCAGCUGCUGCUCGGGUGGGAAGCGAUCAGCACGCUCGGCUUGCACCGGUCGGUCGAGAUGGUCCGGUGUCUGCUGAAAGCGGUCGAAAGCUGGGCCAGUUCCGUUACAGAGGAUGAACCGCUGUGGGACGUCAUUGAGUCGAUAACGGUGCGACUGCUCGCUCACGGAGACGAAGAGAUUCGAAGUGUGGCCUACGAGUUGUGCGCUAACAUGAUGAAAGAUUUCAUUGGCCAUCUGGACGAGGGGGCCAUCCUUUCCCGCCGCAGCCUGUUCUCCAGCUCGGCUCCCAAGCUGCGCGCUAUGGGUAUGCCACUCUCGCUGCAGAUCAUCACGGAAAUCACGUGCUUUGGGUACACCAGCAAAAACAGCAAGAUUCACCAAUGCGCGGAAACGAUGCUGCUGUUCCUGUGCAACUCGAAAGCCUUCCUGCGCGAAAAGUGGGCCGACGUGGAGGAGAUUCUGCUGCAGAUCACGCCGCUGCUGCAGACGGUGGCCGUCGGGCGGGAGGAGUCGAAGCUGCGCAAAGCCGUCCUCAACAUGUUCCAUCCCGACUUCGGGCUGCCGUGGCUGGACAUACUGCAGGGCAACCUGCGGCUGCUGUUCCACCUGGAGAGUGCGGUGCGGGAGGAGGCGCUGACGCGCGUCCUGUUUCUGCUGAGCUCGGUCGAGGAGAGCGAAAAGCUGGCGCCGCGCAUCGAACACAUCAGCGACACGGUACCGAACGGCGUGUGUCUGCUCUCCUUCCCGUACGACAUACGGCGGCAGCAGGUCGCGAACGUGUACGAGGUGAGCGCGGUCAAGCCGCUGCUGGACGCGCUCGAGCAGGAGGAGGGCGACCCGACGCUGCGCCGCAGCGCCCUCACGCAGCUGAACGUGAUGGCGGACGAUCCGGCACUGUGCGAGCUGAUACACAACGCGUCCGGCUGGGUGCUGGUGAUGAAGGCGCUGUACAACUCGCUGCUGGCCGACCCGGUGCUGGACUACCCGGACGCGGCCCUUCCGGCGGUCGGCAUCCUGACGAAGCUGUGCUUCAGCAACACCACCUUCCGGCGCUUUCUCGGCUCGAACACGAACGCGUACCAGCUGAUCGUGCGCGCGCUGCUGGCACACCACCACAUGCCGGUGUUUCGGGUGGAGUGCUGCGCCCUGCUCUACCUGCUGCUGUUUGCCGACUGUUCCACCGGCAACGGGGCGCUGCUGUCGCUGCCGGCGGUCUGCGCGGCGUCCGCGUUCAAGCUGCCGUUCGUGUCGUGCUUCCACUGGCAGGCGAGCCCGUUCCGCGAGUACGGCAGCGAAAUGGAGCAGCUGCUCGAGCGGAUGCUGCUGCAGGACGGGCCCGGUGGCGACAUGAUGCUGCUGGGCGCUGCGCUCGCCAAUGGGUGCGCCGAGGAGGGCAGCAGUGCCUGCUCCGUCCGUCCGUCGGUGGUCGGGGUGGAGUACGCGAAGCGCUACCUUCGCUUCACGUUUGCCGAUCUGUGGUUCGGCGGGCUGGAGAACAUACUGAAAACGACGGCCACCACCGUGAAGCGUGCUGGUGCGGGUAACGGCGUGGCGGUGGCGGAAGACGACCAGCACCCGCUCGUGUACCGGGGCGCAAACAAAAAGGCGAUGGAGUUCAGUGCGGCCCUGCGGCUAACCAGGCAGGACAUCCGCUGGCUGAAGAUGAUCGACUUUCCGGCCAUCUUCCGCAAGAGCAUGCGCCGGCUCGCGUCGGCCAAAGCGCACACGGACGUGUACGGUGGGCUGGCGACGCUCGAGGCGAACCUGAGCUUUCCGCUCAAGAACACGAUCUGCCAGCAGGACGUGAUCAUCAGCACGCUGAAGCGCUACAUCCACACGCCGCCGGUGUCGGUCGCGGACCAGGAGAUGCUGGUCGAGGUGUUCAACGUGAUUGGCAUCAUGCUGCACCUUAACUUCCGGAUGCUGCGCGACUGGCUGUUCACCGUGCUGGCGGCGGAAGACAAUUUCUUCCUGCGGUUGCUGCGCUCGAACGACUGCAUCGAGCCGCUGUUUACGCGCAAUGCUAACCUGAUCUGGGGGCUGCUGCAGCUGUACGACGGUACGAAGGAUCCGGCAACGGCAAUGGAAAACGCCGCGACGAAGAAGGAAAAGCAACAGCAGCAGGCUGGUGGCACGAACGAUUGGGAUGUGCGGGUGUUCCGGGCAGUGCUGGAACAGCUGGACGUGUGCCUGAAGAAGUGCAACCUGUCGCGCAUAAUGUCGCUGCUGGAGCUGGUGGAGAUGAUGACCGGGCUGCUGGACGACGUGUGGCGCGUUGACGUCGGCGAGGUGAUCCCGAAGCUGCUGCAGUGCGUGCGCCAGGUCGGCUCGACGAGCUACACCGGCUCGGUGAUCGUGCGCUCGUGCCUGAUGGCGACGGCCCAUCUGCUCGAGCGCACGUCGCCCGAACAGCUCCGGUUCGAGUGGCAAGCGAAACAUCUGAAAACGGUUUCGACGCAGUGCGGCAACAGCUGCACGUUCGUGCGCUCGUUCGCGUGGAACAUCCUGACGAAGGUGGCCCGCACGCCGGCCGGCGCGGCAGCGAUCGUGCAGGAGUGUGCCUACCUGCCCGGGGGCAUACACGCGAGCUGCCUCAGCACGAUACUGGACGAUGGCGAGGCGUGCCUGGUGCGCGAGUCGGCGGUCGGGCUGUUCGUCAUACUGCUGUCCCACACCGAGGCGGAUGGGUCGCUGCAGCCCGCCGUCCUGCCGAUGGACGGGGCGGCCAGCAUGCGGCGGGCGGCGUCGACCGCAGCCGGCAGUGCGGGAACGACGCCGAAGGGCGGUGGUUCGUUCGAUGUGAUUUUGGAGCUGCUGGCGAAGCAGCAAUUUUUCGAAGCGGCGCGCCACACGCUCGCUGGCUACACGUGCAUGGAGUUCCUGCUGGAGGACGUCAACCCGAGCGAGCCGGGGGCGAUCAUUUCGGCCGACGUGGUGCGCGCGUUCGCGGUACUGUUCCGGGCGCUGGUCGAGCUGGAUCCGGCCGGGUUCGGGGAGCUGAUCGGCGAGAAGGGCUGCCUGCAGUGGCUGCUGGACUGUGUCGAGCAGCAGGCGAUGCUGCCGAACCGGGCCGUCUGCCUGAUGGUGGGCGACGUGUGCCAGCUGCUGCAGCGCUGCCUGGACGAGCCGAACCGGGAGCGGGUGUGCAGUCUGCUCGCCGGCCACCAGAACUUCAUCGAGAGCGUCAUCUACAUGCUGAACCCGUGGCUGUACGGGAAGCUGACGCAGCCGGUGAUGGAGCAGACGCUGUGUUACAUCAUGCGCUUCCUGUGCGCGCUGGUCGUCACGCCGACCGGCAAGCAGCAGAUCCAUCACGAGUUCGGGCACCAGGACGUCAAGCCGAUCGCAAAGAUGAUCGAGCUGGGCAUUUCGCACGAGUCGAAAACGUUUCAGAUCAUGUGCUUAAAAUUCCUCUGCAUGAUGAUGCACACCUCCGACGAGCGGCCCUCGCCGACGGCCGAAUAUCCGACCUUUCUGAUACAGUUCGAGCAGAUGGACAUGUACGCCGACGCGGGCGACGCGGCCAAAUGCUGGAAGCCAAGCCUCGACCGGGACUACUCCGAGGCGGAAGACGACACGGAAAACACUAACCCGAACCGGCCGGCGGCAAACGCGGCCGCCGAGCAGGACAAGCAGCCGGAGCCCAAGCCGGACGCGGAGCAGCAGGACGGCACGCUGCGCAGCGGCUCGGCGGUGAUCUUCAGCGCCCUGAUGCAGCAGUUCGAGUCGUUCUGCAAUCGGGAUCAGCUCGUCGCCGGCGGCAUUACGACCAGCAGCUACAAGCGCACCGUCUACUCGACGCUGCAAACCAUGCUGCACUUCUCGAUCGAGUCGUGCCGGGUCGCGUGGCGCAACGAUCUGCUCACCGUCAUCUUCGACUGGUUCGAUGCCAUCCACGAGGGGCUGAUCGGGCGGCUAACGUACGCCGAGUUUGUGCGCAAGUACGGCGACGUGAAGAAGCUGUCGGUGAUGGCGGAGCUGAAGGAGCUGGCGAGCGUGCUUGGGACGUGGUUCAGCGUGCCGGACGAGCCGUGCCAGCUCGAACCGGCCCAAAUCGACCGGCUGUGCCAGAUGGUGCUGCAGUACUGGCCCUGGUUCGGCAAUCACGGCGUGCUGCAGAUGGAGUUCCUGCAGGUGCUCGCCUUCCUGUCCGAGUGCCGCAUCGCGGUGUGCAAAGCGCUGGUCGCCACCUAUCCCGGCCACCCGCACAGCAUCAUGAAGCUGCUGAUCGUGGCGGCGACGGGCGAGACGGCCAAGGUGAAGGGGCCGAAGUACGACCUGAACCUGCUGCGGGUGUCGCUGCGGCUGCUGAAGAACUGCUGCUGCUGCCAGGAGGGGCGCAGCAUGAUCGGCAAGCUGAACGUGUUCGGCAACAUCAGCAAGCUGCACCCGAGCGUGACGAAGCUGCAGAAACCGUGGCUCGAGGUGACGCAGCUGUGGCUGGAGUUCUACGAGGUGUACACCCGCUACGUCGAUGUCAGCGAAGUGAGACAUUUGACCGUGCUGGGUGCGUUGAUACGCAAAUCCGACAUCGAUGUAAGACUGCUCUCGCUGGCCAUCGUACGGAACCUGACGUUCGUGCCGAACAACCGGGCGGCACUGUUGGCGUCGGCGGACUACAUGUUUAUCUUGCAGAACGCACUGCAGCGCACCUCCUGCCGGACGGAGGUCCUGAUGGCAGCGGUAGCGGUGUGGAAGAUGAUUGCCAACAAUCAGCGGGGCAAGGCAGCGAUCAAAAGCAGCCCGCUAGUGCGGCUGAUCGAGGGCCAGGUAAAGCACUACUCCAUGACGCCGGAGGGAAACGAUAAGAACGAGCUCUGGUGCGUGCUGAUGACCGUCUACCAUAUACUGAAUGCGUAAAGAGUGCACCCUUCAGCCAGCUUCUCGGCUGCGACUGUGUGUGGUACCUUUGUGUGUGUGUGGGUUGUGCAUCUUGGGGGAAGGUAUAUUUACGGUAGAAGUAUGUUAAGAUAUUUGGCCAGCCAGCCAGAGUAACGAUGAGUAACGGAACAGUAGAAUAUGGUAAAAAAAAUGGUACUGCCAUCCUGCUGCCGAUUUUGGGCACCAGAAAUGUGUCUUUUUAUACACAAAAAGUGAACUCUGUCUAAAUUAAAAUCAAACCCUUUUUGGGUAAAAUGUCAAAAAUUUGUUUUAUAAGAUAGAAAAAAAUGAAAAAAAACGAGAGCAAGAAGGUUUCAUUUAGCGCUACGCGUAAAUCAAUUUAACGUAUGCUGCAUCUUAUGAAUUCUCUUAUAAUAUCGUUACAAAAGAAACAAAGAGAUAAUUGAGUGGAUUGAGUGGAGUGGAUCAACAGUUUACUACAUUCAUAAGCGCGAUCGACACACGGACGAGAGUCGGGGAUUUGUCAGCCAAUUGUUUAAGUGGCAAGCAGGAAACUCCAUGAGCUCUCCAUAUUCUGUCACGUGAAUGACGCCAUACGCGCCGCAGCCUUGCUGAAGAAAUAGCGCGCGCGAGGGAGAGAGAUCGAGAGAGCAAAAAACAGAGUGAGUUAAUGCUGAAAAUUGAAACAGCAGGCUGUGUUUUGUAUUAAAAUGAAAACCCACAAGCCAUUAGCAGUUAAGGACACUAGUUUUGUGUAAGCUGUAAGCCCAUCAAGGUGUUGAUUUUGAGCAAAAGCGCGUUUCACGAAAAAUUGGAAGUACAACGACAAGCGUGUCAUCGAAGAAAUAAAGAAUUCCUGGAAUAUAAGUGCACAAA